UCUCAAUUCUGCGCGCUCUCCUUCCUUCAACCUCCAAUCCACUCCACUAGCUUCCCUUGGAAGUCUCGCGAGUUUCAAGUAACAGAGUAACAGAAACUGCCCAACUCCCUCUCACACUCUUUCUGGUCUAUCCUCCCUUACUGAAGCCUCAAUUGGAGGCGAGAUUUCUGAUACAGUGUAUUUCCCGGCGCUCUUCAGUGAAACAGAAGAAUGAGAAGAACAACCAGACGAUCGAUUGCCGUUGCUCCUCUUGCCGAAGAAGAUGUUCGAAGCUCGGUUACAAGCUUCAGCACUAAAUUCUCCUUGCCCACGUUUGUCAAGAGAGUAGGGAAGCUUACAGAUGAUCAGAUAAGUUUGAUUAAAAAGACGGGUUUCGGUAACCUCUUGUUGUUGCCCAACCACAUUGUGAGCAAAACCUUGCUGGUUGAAUUGAUGGAUAGGUGGGAUCAAGAAAAGCUUGGUUUUGAAUUAGGUUCUGGGACAAUGUCGAUUACUCUAAUGGAUGUAGCCUUGAUACUGGGUUUACCCGUGGUUGGGGAUCCUGUUAUUCUGAAGGACGAUGAGCCAUUUUCAGAAUUAGAAAUGGAGUUUGCUGCCAGUUCGAAGAGAAAGAUCAGUAUUUCGUCACUCGAGAGUCGUCUUGAUUCGCUAGACAAGACCUGCAAUGAAGAUUUUGUACGGACCUUUUUGCUGUAUACGAUGGGGGUAUUGCUUUUCCCUAACUCAAGCGGCAACGUAGAUUCUAGAUAUUUAUCUUUCUUGCAAGAAUUGGAUGACGUCUGUGACAUAGCUUGGGGGGCUGCUGUUCUGGAAGAUAUACUUGUAUGGUUGAAGAAAAGAAAAGAAACAGGCACUCAAUCUAUGGGAGGCUGCCUGAUAUUUCUCCAAGUAUGGUCUUAUGAGCACAUUGACAUAGCUCGGCCGAAUCUCUUAGAUACUGAGAUGACAUUUCCCCGAGUGUGUCGAUGGCAGAUCAGCAAAUCACAUCAAAAGCAGUGGUUUGCUAACAAGUUUACGGAACUUGAAGACCACCAGGUAGUUUGGGAGCUAGAGCCAACUCCUGAAGAACAAACUCAGAUUAUAGUCAGGGAUUUGCUGCGAAUACAGAAUGGUGACUAUGAGCUGCUACCAGAGCAACAGAGUUAUGUGCCUAAUACGCCCGAGGCGGAAGUGCUUAUAGAUUCUAGAGAAGAACUAGAAAUGGAGAGUCCUAAUAUGGAAGAGCUGCAAGCAUCCACAUCUAGUUCUGAGUCCGACGAUCAUCAGAAACACCCUACCCUGAUUUUAGCAUCAGAUGAAUCUCACAUGAAAUCUCCUAAUGCAGAUAAGAAUGUGGCAGCAGCUAUUGAGAACCUUUCAGGCACAACUAUGGCGAGCGAGAGAGACGAACAACAAAGUGUUGAUAUGGGAAAUCAGGAGGAUCCGGGUUCAAAUUCGAAGUUAAUGCAGGAGGAAGUGUGGAGGAGAAGCAGCAGAAGUUUAAGAGAAGAGAACACCAAGCUGAAAGAGGAGAUUGCAGCUUUAAGAGAAACGGUUAUACCAGUUCUUCAAGAGGAGAAUGCAACGUUAAGAGAAAGAGUUACAGUGAUACCAGUUCUUGAAGAGGAGAUUGCACGGCUAAAGGAUCAAGUAGAAAGUUUGAUCCGAGAGGAUCAAAUGCAUCGCUUUCUGGCCGAGGAGUUUGACUAUCGGAUGUCAGCGAUUCUGUUGGAGGACGACGAGGAGGACAAACCUCAAAUAUAGAUUGCCUGGCUUAAACUCGAAAGUGGAACACAUUCGCACAGUGAAUCAGACUUCACUCAGCCUAUUAAUUAGGUAUGUAAUGUAGUAGUUUAUGUGUUUGUACAGAAUGAUUUUUCACUCUCGCACUUUGCGUAAAUUUAUUACUGUUGUUUUUACUCUUUCCGAGUUGUUCACUGUAAAAUAUAUCGCCGCCCAUCCAGACAUGUGGGGAUGAAUAAUCAAUGCCUGGAAUGCGGGGAAAUUUCUUUUAUGACCUUGAGAACAGCAAGUGUGGUCACCAUGCCUUGUUCAGUUUCAGUUUCGAUGCAUGGAGCAUGGUACAUCUUGUAAUGUUUGGCUGAGAUGGGCGUGGCAUGGAUCAAAUGUGGUUCCCAUUCCAUGCUCGGCAUUUGGGGUGAGCAACGACCGGAUUGAAUCGAUAGAAUAUAAUUUGAUUUGGUUUUGAUUUUAUGAAUGAUUUUAAGUAUGAAGA